GCGCGAGGCGGGAUAGAAAGCGGUAGGUCUCCAUCGUAAUAGGUUUUUCCUCCAUUUUCAUCGCAGCCUUCCUCUCUUCCGCAUAAUAGGCUUUUCCUCGUCCUUUGUGGCCUCCUCGUCGUCGUCACCGCGUGGCACUCUGUUAUAGAUAUUCGCCAAUUUGACGCUGCCACGUGUCAUGCUCCGCUCAACCUUUCCAUCGGUUGAUUUGUAAUUGGUGGAGGCAUGAGAUGGACGGACAGAGAGUAAUGAUGGGCGGUAGGCGGAUGGAGGAUCGGCAUGGCCGUUAUGCCGUUGGGAUGGGCAGAUGGAGGGUCGCAUGGGUGCUAUGUUCGUGGGAAUGGGCAGAUGGAGGAUCGAUGGACGGUCUGGAUGGUUGGUCGGCAGAUUGGGAUGGCCUGAUGAAGGGUCAGCAUGGACGUGGGUUAAGAAGAAGACUGGUCCCCCGGCUAAUACCAUUUCCACAGCGAAGGAGAUGACCGACUUCUUGGCCGCGAACAGUGCAGCAGGUGUUGGCUUCUUCAAGAAGUUUGAGGGCAAGGAAUGGGAGCAUUUUCAGCAGGUGGCAAAGAAUGAAGACGCUUUGUCCUUUGCUCAAACCACAAGUGCUGAGGCAGCAGCUGCUGCUGGCAUCACGGCUAAGGCACCUGCUUUUGCGGUCGUUAAGGCCGAGGAUGAGAAGUUUACUGCUUUCGAUGGCGAGUUUGUCUAUGAUGAUCUCAGCAAGUUUGUCGCUGCCAACAAGCUGCCGAUUGUUACAUUGUUCACGACCGGCAAUGUUGAAAUGAUCUUUGGCAGUGCUGUGAAGAAGCAGGCUCUGUUGUUCCUCCCAGCAGACAAGGAGGCAGAGAUUCUCCCUCUGUUUAAGAAGGCGUGCGGUGAGCUCAAGGGCGAUGUGAUCUGUGUCCAUGUUCAGGCCGAUCACGAGGAUUCUUCACAGGUGUACGAGUUCUUCGGCCUCGAGUCAGAUGCUGUGGCUAUCUUCGGUUAUUCCACCCUCGAGGAGUCCAAGAAGUUCCCGUUCGGGAAGGAGCUGAACCAUGAGAACAUUGUGGUUUGGGGUAAGGAUUUCGCUGCCGGGAAGAUCGAGGCAUCAUUCAAGUCUGAGGAAAUUCCGGAGACGAACGAUGAGGAUGUCAAGGUGGUUGUUGGGAAGACAUUUGAGUCGAUUGUGCUGGAUGAUAGCAAGGACGUGCUGCUGGAGGCUUAUGCACCAUGGUGCGGACACUGCCAGAGCCUGGAACCCAUCUACAAGAAGCUGGGCAAGAAGUUCAGGAAUAUUCCGAGUGUGGUGAUUGCCAAGAUCGAUGCGACGGCAAAUGAGCACCCCCGUCUUGAGGUUCAGGGUUUCCCUACUCUUCUCCUCUUCAAGGCUGGAGCGAAAGCUGAAGAGCCGAUUCCCUUUGAGGGCGACCGGACUGUGAAGGAAAUGACCAAGUUCCUGAAGGAGAACUGCGGUAUUCCGUUCACUCUUGAGAAGAAGAAGAAGAAGGCUGAAGCCGUUGCAGUUGAGACGGAAGAGGCAAAGGCGGAGGAGAAGGAGCUGGCGAAGGAUGCUGCUACAGAGGAGGGCAAGGAAGAAGUCGUUGAGACUGUCAAGAGCUCUGGCAAGGAGGAACUGUGAGAGAUUGACUUAGUAGAAUGGAGUAGAAGUUUGAGGGAAGGGCUAGGUUUCGAGGCUGUUAACUGAUAGGUUUUGUCGGAGUUGUGAUGUAUGCAGAGCAGCGGUUUCCAUAAUUUUUGUUAGGUGCUGUCUCUGCACCUUUUCAGCGAAGAGUGCUUUGGUGGCGCUAAGUUCACAAAUGCUUGUGUGUGUGUGUGUGUGUGUGUGUGUGUGUGUGUGUGUGUGUGUGUGUGUGUGUGUGUGAGAGAGAGAGAGAGAGAGUUGAUUGUGCAUAAAAAGGAGCUCCCGUGCCCAGUUGGGGCUGUCUCUUUGUGUGACGCAUCCAUGUGUGUGUGUGUGUGUGUGUGUGUGUGUGUGUGUGUGUGAGAGAGAGAGAGAGAGAGAGAGAGAGAGAGUUCAUUGUGCAUAACAAG